AGAGACGGCCUGAAAGCCAAAACUAAGACAUACAGUAAACAUUUCUUUGAAAUAGAGUAUGACUAACCGAAAUGAAGUUUUGCUGACAGGGCUAAAACGUCAAUUUCGAUCCAUAUCUGCUGGCGUGGUCAUUUAAUUUGAGUAACGUUAACCGAGUUUGUGUGACGGAGACUUGAAUAGGGGAGGGAAGAGGCACGUGACGUCACGAGCGGAUAACGAUCUGAUUGGUGCUGCGUGGUUCAGCUGUGAAGCAGAAAUAAAUAGAGAGGAAUAAUCUGACUGAACUAUAUGCCAAUCACUGGCACGUCAAUAUCAAACAGCUCAUUUGGCGAAUGCAGAUAUUUUGGGCAAUGUAGAUCCUUUCAUAAAUUCCUGAAAUUAUCUCUCGACACGAAACUAACGACUCGUCCCUCCCUCUUUUGCUCUCUAACCUCUCAUUCCCUCUCUCUCUCUCUCCACACACACACGCGCGCGCGCGCUCCCUCGCAUUUCGUCGGAGAAAGUAAGAAGAGGGAGAGAGAAAGAAAGAAAGAAAGAAAGAGAGAGAGAGAGAGAAAUUGAGAGAGAGUGAUUUGAAGCCUCUCUCUGCUCUCUCCGCUUUUCCGUUCACUCAGACUCAAUGGGGCUCUAGCAUUAGGGGUUUCGAGCUGUAAAACUAGAUAUUUAUUACCCGUUCCCUUUUUUCUAUUUAAGUUUUGUACAUAGCACAGAUAAUUUAUUGAAGAGAAAAGGUAGGUGUGCGUUUCAAGGCGUCUCUUAAGACGCACCAAGUUAGUUUGAAGCCAAGUCGAAGUUCAUGUGGAAAGAACAAAAAAAGCUCAUUUGAAACUGCCCUGCCUUGUAGUCUUACCAAACCUGUCAAAAACUUGGGAGCUAUGGAUAUUAGGAAGAAGCGGAGGCCGUGGUGCAUGGAGAGCUCGUUCAUGCUCCUCCUGUGCCUUUCUCUGGCACAAGCAGAUCCAGUAGAUGUUUUGCGGGUGCUGCAGUUGCCUUCCCUCCCUGAAGGUGUGCAGAAAGUUUCGGGUUUCUGCACGUCCCGCCGGUCCGGCGCUCCCGAUCAUGCCUACCGCAUCACUAAGAAAGCCCAGAUCUCUGCCCCCACCAAACAACUGUUCUCAGGACGUUUCCCAGAGAAUUUCUCCAUCAUGACUCUGGUAAAGGCCAAGGCCGGUCUUCAGGCCUUCCUGCUGUCCAUCUACAAUGAGCAGGGUGUCCAGCAGCUCGGUCUAGAGUUGGGACGCUCGCCCAUCUUCCUGUAUGAGGACCAGAAUCGCAAACCUGCCCCAGAGGACUACCCACUGUUCAAAGGGGUCAACCUGGCUGACGGCAAGUGGCACCGCAUUGCCAUUUCUGUGCAGAAGAAGAACAUCACUCUGAUCCUUGACUGCAAGAAUCGUAUUACAAAAAAUCUGCCACGUAGCAACAACCCAGUCUUGGACACCAAGGGCAUCACUGUCUUUGGAGCCCGUCUCCUGGAUGAGGAGGUCUUCCAGGGUGAGAUCCAGCAACUGCUGAUCGCAUCCAAUCCUCAGGCCGCUUUUGACUUCUGUGAGCACUACAGCCCCGACUGUGACUCCCCUCUGCCCAAAGUCCAGUCCCAGGACCCAAACAGCUAUGAGGGAAAGGCGAACAACGGAAAAGCUGAUAAGUCAAAAACUGCUCCAGCCAAAGCUGCUCCAGCUAAACCAGCUAAAGCCAAGCAAACUCCAAAGCUGAAGGCCAAACCUACCGCUGCGCAAGUCUUGAUCUCAAAGAUAAAACCUACUUUAGCUUCUAAAUUAGCACCUAAACCAAAGGAUGACAACAAAAAGAAGGCAAACGAAAAUGGAAAAAAUAACGGUCAAGCUAAAGUAAACGGGAAUGGGAAAGACAGUAAUGGUGAUGCUAAAGCUAUUGGUAAGGCUAAGGCUGGCAGCAUUGGCAAAGCCAAUAACAAUGGCAAUGGGAAAGCAGCUGUGGAGAAAAAAGCAAACGGACAAGCUAAAGCUAAUGGCAAUGGUGCGAAAACAGCAAAGACUGAAAAGGCAGCAAUAGCAAAGAAAUCAGAGACAACUGCGAAGAAAACAGAGACCAAACCACAACCAGCUAAAGACAAAUUAAAAGCCAAUGCAUCACCUGCAAAGUCUAAAGCGACCAAACCUGUGGUAGAAAAAGUUCAGACAAAAGUCACUAAAACUCAAAAACCAGUUGCUUUCAAACCCACCCCUGCGCCUUUGCCUCUCCCUUCAAAGCCUAAGGUCUUGGAUGUCAAUAACAUCAAAUCAAUGUCCAAAAAUUUCCCACCCUUCGACAAGGCUGCUGUGCGUGGCACGACCAUGUCUUCUCCAGAAAUACCCAAGAAGAAACCCACCAAUGGUUAUCAACAGGACGUAGAUCCUGUUUACUCAGAGGCUGACCACACCCCCACAGACAACGAUUAUUAUUACACAGUAGAAGAAGGAGCAAGCCCACAGCCAGAGAGUGAUCUGACUGGAUAUGAAGAAACCAUUAACCAGGUGGACGAGACUGUCGGCGUCGAGGACAUAGAUGCGACCAAGUCAGGUGGUGAAGGGGUGUCUCAAACGCCAGAUGAGCCCUUCACUGAGGAGUACAUUACAAGCGACUUUGGAAUGAAGGAGUAUGACUAUUCCUACAGAGACUACAAUGAGCCCAUCAUCGAAAGCAAGACGGAAGACACCUUUGGCCCUGCACUGUCCGCUGUGACAGAUGAGGGAGGUGCCUCCUUGCGAGCCCAGAAGGGAGAGAAGGGAGAGCCUGCUGUCCUUGAACCUGGCAUGUUGAUUGAAGGACCACCCGGACCAGAAGGACCAGCAGGUCUCCCUGGCCCCGCUGGCCCCCAAGGACCUCCUGGUUCUGUCGGUGAUCCUGGUGAGAGGGGUCCUACUGGUAGGGCUGGUCUUCCCGGAGCGGACGGUGUCCCAGGACCUCCUGGAACUUCUGUCAUGCUUCCUUUCCGUUUUGGACAGAGUGCUGGUGAAAAAGGGCCCAUUGCCUCAGCACAGGAGGCCCAAGCUCAAGCCAUCCUGUCUCAGGCUCGGUUGGCUAUGAAAGGCCCAUCAGGGCCAAUGGGUUUCACCGGCCGUCCAGGACCUGUGGGAACACCUGGAAGUCCUGGCUUUAAGGGAGAAAGUGGGGACCCUGGUCCUCAGGGCCCCAGAGGUCCUCAAGGAUUGUCUGGUCCUCCUGGUAAAUCUGGUCGAAGGGGUCGCGCUGGUGCAGAUGGAGCCAGAGGGAUGCCAGGAGAGCCCGGAGUUAAGGGUGACCGUGGCUUCGAUGGCCUUCCUGGUUUGCCUGGUGACAAGGGUUAUCGUGGUCAAACUGGAGGAUUGGGACCCCCAGGACCCCCUGGAGAGGAUGGAGAAAGGGGAGAUGAUGGAGAGGUUGGACCUAGAGGUCUUCCUGGUGAACCGGGGCCCCGUGGGUUGCUUGGGCCUAAAGGGCCUUCUGGACUUCCUGGGCCUCCUGGUGUUCGUGGAAAUGAUGGUCCACAUGGUCCAAAAGGAAACUUGGGGCCUCAAGGAGAGCCUGGUCCUCCAGGGCAGCAGGGGGCCCCAGGAACACAAGGAAUGCCAGGUCCACAGGGUGCUCUCGGACCACCAGGAGAGAAGGGACCCACAGGAAAGCCAGGUCUGCCAGGAAUGCCCGGAGCUGACGGUCCUCCUGGUCAUCCUGGAAAGGAAGGCCCCACUGGAACUAAAGGAAAUCAGGGUCCUAAUGGUCCUCAGGGGUCUAUUGGCUAUCCUGGCCCUCGGGGAAUGAAGGGAGAUCAAGGUAUCCGUGGACUGAAGGGCCAUAAGGGAGAGAAGGGAGAGGAUGGAUUCCCAGGAAUCAAAGGAGACUUUGGUGUGAAGGGAGAGAGGGGAGAGGUGGGAGUGCCUGGCCCAAGAGGAGAGGACGGUCCUGAGGGCCCGAAGGGUCGUGUCGGGCCCCCUGGUGAAAUUGGUCCUAUUGGCCUGGUUGGAGAGAAGGGUAAACUUGGUGUGCCUGGACUUCCUGGAUAUCCCGGAAGGCAAGGAAUUAAGGGCUCCCUUGGUUUCCCAGGAUUCCCUGGUGCAAAUGGCGAGAAAGGUGCAAGGGGUUUGAUUGGAAAACUUGGACCAAGAGGACAGAGAGGGCCAACAGGUCCCAGGGGGCAGAGAGGACCCCGUGGGGCAACAGGAAAAUCAGGUGCUAAGGGUGGAUCUGGCAGUGACGGUCCUCCUGGACCACCUGGGGAGAGAGGACUAACUGGACCUCAAGGUCCUAAUGGAUUCCCUGGGCCGAAGGGACCUCCUGGUCCUCCUGGGAAAGAUGGACUGCCUGGACACCCUGGACAAAGAGGCGAAGUUGGUUUCCAAGGCAAAACUGGACCACCUGGGCCACCGGGAGUCGUUGGGCCACAGGGUCCUUCUGGUGAGACUGGACAGAUGGGUGAGCGUGGUCACCCAGGACCCCCAGGACCACCCGGUGAGCAAGGUCUAUCUGGACCUUCUGGUAAAGAAGGAACCAAAGGAGAUCCCGGUCCCCCUGGCGGACCCGGUAAAGACGGACCCCCUGGACUGAGAGGAUUCCCAGGAGAGAGAGGACUGCCAGGAACUCCAGGCACUGGAGGACUGAAAGGAAGUGAAGGCCCUGCCGGACCACCUGGAUCUGCUGGAUCACCUGGGGAGAGAGGACCAGCUGGCACCGCAGGACCUGUAGGCCCUCCUGGUCGACCUGGACCUCAGGGGCCUCCUGGAGCUGCGGGAGAAAAAGGAGUUCCAGGGGAGAAAGGUCCAGUUGGUCCAGCUGGUCGUGAUGGCAUCCAAGGCCCAGUUGGUCUCCCAGGCCCUGCUGGACCUCCGGGUACUGCUGGAGAGGACGGAGACAAGGGUGAGGUUGGAGAGCCAGGACAAAAGGGCGGUAAAGGAUCCAAGGGAGAGCAUGGUCCUCCUGGUCCACCCGGGCCAAUGGGUCCUGUUGGACAGCCUGGUGCAGCUGGUGCUGAUGGUGAGACGGGUGCAAGAGGUCAACAGGGACCAUUCGGUUCUAAGGGGGAUGAAGGGACAAGAGGAUUCCCUGGGCCUCCAGGCCCUAUUGGACUGCAGGGUUUGCCAGGCCCAGCUGGAGAAAAAGGAGAGACAGGAGAUGUUGGGCCAUUGGGUCCUCCUGGUCCGCCAGGUCCACGUGGUCCAGCUGGUCCUAAUGGUGCUGAUGGUCCUCAAGGUCCUCCAGGAGGUUUGGGUAAUCCAGGUCCCAUAGGAGAGAAGGGUGAGCCUGGUGAAUCUGGACCACCUGGUGUUGGCGGAGAGCCAGGAAAAAUGGGCCCGAGAGGAGAGCGUGGUGAGAAGGGAGAGGCUGGGCAGCCGGGCACCUCUGGUCCUGCUGGUGGAAAAGGACCCCAUGGAGAUGAUGGACCCAAAGGAAACCCUGGUCCUGUUGGUUUCCCUGGGGAUCCUGGUCCCCCUGGUGAAGUUGGACCACGAGGCCAAGAUGGUGCAAAGGGUGAAAGAGGAGAGGAUGGAGAACAAGGAGAAGCUGGUUCACCUGGACCAACUGGUGAGAACGGACCACCUGGACCUCCAGGAAAGAGAGGUCCUCCAGGCACAAGGGGACCAGAGGGUCGUCAGGGAGAGAAAGGGAGCAAGGGAGAUUCAGGUGCCCUUGGCCCUCCAGGAAAGACUGGCCCUGUGGGGGCAGAGGGUCCACCAGGAAAACCAGGAACUGAGGGUCUAAGAGGGUUGCCUGGAACAGUGGGUGAGCAAGGUGCUCCAGGUGCUGCUGGCCAGACGGGACCCCCUGGACCAAUGGGUCCUCCAGGUUUGGCAGGUCUCCGAGGUGACCCCGGUGCUAAGGGUGAGAAGGGACAUCCAGGCAUGCUUGGUCUGAUCGGGCCUCCUGGAGAACAAGGAGAGAAGGGAGACCGAGGCAUGCCGGGACCUCAGGGAUCAUCAGGACCCAAGGGAGAAACGGGUAUGCCUGGAGGAACGGGUCCUCUUGGUCCUGCGGGUCCUGCUGGGAUGCCUGGUCCGAGGGGUUUCAAAGGAGCUAAAGGUGCCACUGGUGGAUCUGGUCCUAAAGGAGAAAAGGGUGUACAAGGACCACCAGGACCACCUGGACCAGCUGGUGAAGUCAUCCAGCCGCUGCCUAUUCAGUUCCCGAAGAAGUCCAAGCGCUCCAUCGAUGCCAGUCAGAUGCUCUCUGAGACUGAGGCUGCCGAUGGCACGGGCGCAGAGUUCCUGAGCGCCCAUGAAGGUAUGGAGGAGAUCUUCGGCACGCUCAAUACACUGCGCCAGGAGAUCGAGAGCAUGCGCUUCCCGCUGGGGACACAGGAGAGCCCUGCCCGCACCUGCCAGGACCUCCACCUCAGCCAGCCAGAUCUGAGAGACGGCGAGUACUGGAUUGAUCCGAAUCAAGGCUGCGCCCGGGACUCAUUCAAGGUUUACUGUAACUUCACUGCUGGUGGAGAGACGUGCUUGUAUCCCAGCAAAGCAGUAGAGAAUGUGAAGAUGAAUACUUGGCCGAAGGAGAAGCCUGGGUCCUGGUUUAGUCAGUUUGCAAAGGGAAGCAAGUUGUCAUAUGUUGACUUGAGUGGAGAGCCCGUGGGUGUUGUCCAGCUGGGCUUCUUGCGCUUGCUCAGCGUUCAGGCCCAUCAAAACCUGACCUACCACUGCCAGCGAUCGGUGGCCUGGACGGACCUGACGAGCGGCAGCGGGUACCAGAGGGCACUACACUUCCAGGGGGCCAACGAUGAAGAGCUCAGCUACGAGACCACCCCUUACAUCAAAGCCCUCACCGACGGCUGCUCUUAUCGUAAAGGCUUGGACAGGACAGUGCUGGAGGUGAACACACCUCAGGUGGAACAGCUCCCUCUGCUGGACAUCAGGAUCUCAGACUUUGGGGAGGACAAUCAGAAAUUUGGUUUUGAAGUGGGACCUGUCUGUUUCCUGGGAUAAACACACACAUGCUGAGGUCAAGGAGAAUACAAUCACCAAUACAAACACUCACACACACACAAACACACUCAUUAAUCAUGCACUUAAAAUCUAGACAUAAAUACCACCACAUAGAGAUGUGCCAACACUAAAAAAGACAUUUGAAAUUACGUGUAAACAGUGGGACACACACACACACACAAACAAACACAUUUUUGUGAAUCAAAGUUGCACACAAAGUACACACCCAGGGAAAAACACUCCCAGCAAUGGAGGAGGAGAGCGGUUCUCGCAGGAGAGAAGCGAAGAGAAGAUAUUCUGUGUUGGAGCAGAUACUGCUGGCCUGAAGCGGAAGACCCUCCCGUCUGGGUCCCCCUCUCUCUCCUUCAGCUCCCCUCCCCACUGUUCCUCUUCUGAGACGCUCCACUCUUCCUACCUCCAUCCCUCCUCACUUGAUAGAAUAGAAUAAUCUGCAGGUGCAACAUUUAAACUGAGGAACAGAAGCGGAGCACCAAGAUUCCAUCAGAAUGAUUUCAAAUCACACCAACAACUGUCAACUUAUCAAGCAUCGACACAUGCAAUCAAAAGCCAUUUACAGUGCAAACGUGUGUUGAAUUUGAUAAUGUUGUGGAUUUAUUAUAGAAUGACAACAUACCCUUUUUCUUUUAGACAUGGCAUGAACAUGCUUUACCAGUUCAGUAUUUUUAGUGCAAGUAUAUAAGCUGGUUAUUGAUUCAUUACAGAGGUCCUAAAAAAAACAUUUCUGAUAAUAUGCACACUUUCAACACUUUUGCUAUUUUGAGACUAUUGACAAACCUUGUGACCUUUGACCUUUCAUGCGGACAGCUAUCAGGCUGGAAUUGUGCAUAAGACCCAUUUGUACAGAAAUAUUUUAUUGUAUUUAUUUUGUGAAACAGGUGCUCACAAGAAAAUGACCAACACUUGCAGUACAAAUAAUGUGGAAUCCAUCUGUAGUUUUUCAUCAAUCUAUUAAAUAUGUAAAUGAAACCCCAGAAAGCAAAUCUGCCUUCUCUGUAUGAUAGAUAUAUACACUUACUGGUGAUAUUAGAUCAUGUUGCAUUGUUUGAGUGCACUUCCAUUGCAGCUGGAGGUUUAGAAGGGUCUCACAAACAGCAGUGGAGAAGGGACCAGAAGAGGAAGGAGAGGGAAGAAAAAUGAUGGUGGUUUGUUUUUUUAUGUAUAUUUUUUGUUUUUUUAUGGCGAAGGGAAUGAAAACCUAUAAAAACGUAUUUGUGAAUUAAAAGUUGUUUGUGUGGUUUUCUCACAAGGACAAUACUGCUCAGACUGUUUCUGUCAAAGACAAACAUCUGUCUUUAUAAAACUUGGUGCUAAAACUUGUUUUAUGUAAGUACUUUGAAAUCUGUUUGUGUAAUAUAUAAUCUAUUUAAAGAGCUGUUGGACUCCUUCGUUGUUCUUUUGUUCCCUGUUAUCACGGUCACAUGCUGCUUUUGCUAAUAUUUGAUCUGCAUCUUCACUUUAAACACCUGAACAGCGUGUGUCACGGUGAAACCACGAUCUAUAACCUGGCCACUUUCCUUCAAACCCUUUAUCUAAAUAAUGAACUUUGUGUCUGGGUUUUGAAACGUCGACUGUUUUAAUUCCUUCAUGUUGUUUUGGUCCUAAAGUUCCCAUUAAACCACACAUCAACACA